AAGUGCACAAGGAAGAAAGAGGACAUUUGUCCUAACCAUUGUGAAUUUUGAUCUUCUGGACCAAACUCUCAACCGCCUGGACUAUCUUUCCAAUCUCACCUCUUUCUCUCAUAUUCAAACAAAAAUCUUUGCUUUCUCAAUUCUUCAUCCUUUUUCUUUUACAAUUUUUCACCCUGAAAAAGGGAGAGACAAGACAAUCAUGGUCCAGUUUUGAAUUAAGGUGGUAAAAGACAGAAACAAAACAUGGGUUCUUCUUCAAGAGUUGGCAGUAGCAGCUACGAUUACUCCUUCAAGGUUCUUUUGAUUGGUGAUUCUGCUGUUGGCAAGAGUAGUCUUCUCCUCAGCUUCAUCUCCAAUUCUAACUCUAUCCAUGAUCUCUCCCCCACCAUUGGUGUGGAUUUCAAGAUAAAGUUUUUCACAGUUGCUGGUAAGAGACUGAAGCUCACUAUUUGGGACACAGCUGGUCAAGAGAGGUUUGGAACAGUAAUAAGUUCUUAUUACAGAGGUGCACAUGGAAUCAUUCUUGUCUAUGAUGUGACACGACGCGAGACAUUUACAAAUCUCAUCGAUAUAUGGGCAAAAGAAGUUGAGCUUUACUCUACUAAUCAUGAUAGCAUCAAAAUUCUUGUUGGAAAUAAGGUGGAUAAGGAGAGUGAAAGAGCCGUAAGCAAAGAAGAGGGAAUGGCUCUUGCACAGCAACAUAGAUGCUUGUUCCUAGAGUGUAGUGCUAAAACUAGAGAAAAUGUUCAGCAAUGCUUUAAUGAUCUCUCAUUGAAGAUAUUAGAUGUGCCAGGUUUAAGGGAAAAGGGGUCUCUUGCAGUGAGAAGGCAAAAUCAAAAACAGUUGUAUGAGACAUCUCAAAGAGGUGGUUGCUGUUCUUAGUAAAUAUGCAGCACCAUGAUAUGUUUAAU